CAGUGUCGAGCGAGAGACGGCCGGCACAGCUCGCGCCCGGGCGGGAAGGACUGUGACCACCGAACCUUCUCAAGAUGGCGGCCCACCGCGGGAGCGUCUAGUGUGUAGUGCAGUGAUGUGAUGUGCACCGGCGACGGCGUUGGCGAGCAUGCAGCAUGAGCGAGGGCUGUGGGGGGCCCGCACGCGGGCGGCCUAGCGGGCCCCGGCACUCGGCCCCCGGGGGCGUUCGGAGCCGCGAGGGGGGGCACUCCGGCCGCCCGCAGCGAUGCUCCCGGCUCCCGUAGCUGCCGACUACCGAGCCGCCACCGCGCCCUGCCCCGCAGAAUGCCCCGGGCCCCGCCGGGCCUGUCGCUGCUCCUGAUGGCCGCCUUGGCGUUCGCCGCCACCCCGCCGCUCAUUCCGGACGAAAAGGACGACAAGCUCAAGCUCAUCAAUCCCUGGCUAUCGGCGUGCGACCUCAUGCAGCCCGCCAGCGCGACUGACCUGAAGGGCGCGUGCUCCGACAUGUGGAGCCCCGGGCCCUUCUGUCCGCCCUGCCCACCCAGCAACAACAGUACUACUCAGUGCCUUUUAAAUUAUUUGAAAGAAUCGCACAAAGAGGAGGUGUGCAGCGAAGGAGUGAAGCCCGAGGACAGACGGCGCCGGCUGCGGGCGCUCCGGGUGCGCCACUGCUGCGAGCACGCGGUCGACUCGGCCCUGCCCGCGGAGGCGCUCGACGAUGCCGCGACGUGCACCCGCAUGCUGGACGCCCUCCUGGCGGUGGACGCGUUGGCGGCUCGCAUCUCGUGCGAGUUCGCCGAGGUGCUGUACCGCUACGACUGCGGCCAGAAGUACUCCAUCAAGCACCAAUGCGAUGACUGCAAGGAAGCAUACCGAAAGUGGGUGUGCAGCUCAAUGGUGCCUCAUUACUUCAAUCGCACGGCGAGAGUGAGGCCCUGUCCCAGCGUCUGCCAGAGUGUGGAGCAAAAGUGUCCCUACAUGCUUCCAGGGACCGCACCAGCUCAUCCCACGCAAUAUGCCGGCGAGCCUACUUUUCUCUGCCUCGAUCCGAACAUCCCGGAGACGGGAGAUCAGAGGCUCAAGUCCUCGGUGGGAGAUGAAGACUGUUGUUAUAAUUAUUCCAAUUGCGGCGGCACGGCCGGCCGAGACGGGCUCGGAUCGUCGCUGUGCAUCAACUGCCCGAAAGGUCCUGCCGACAUCGCUGCGACGCCGGUCAACUGUUCAGCGGGCCUCGGCAACAGCACGUCGAGCUGCUGGAGCGGCGGCGGCAGCGGCGGCGGUGCGGGCGCCUCGUCCGGCGCCGCGAAGACGUUGUCGGCGAGCAGGACUCUAAACGAAGUGCUACCAUUGUGGACCGCAUGGAUUAUUCUAAUACAAAUACUACCACAACAAAUAAUUUCUCUAACUUCGAUUACAAAUACUGUUUAUAACCUAAUAGUACGUCACUUGUUGGUUAAUAUGCUGUGCGCGACCAGUGUGCGGACAUCGCUGUUACUGACGCGGAUAAAGACCAAGUGGAGGAAACCGUGGUCAUAGAAUUAGGGGAGCUAGGCGAUAUGUGUUCCGUUCGAGCGACACCAAGUACACCAUACACUCACAUACACACACACAUAAUAGGUACAUAUUCAGAGAAAACAGUUUAACACUCACUCACCCACACAUCCUUACAUCGCGACACAUCGUGCCACACGUAUUCUCACACUGAACAAAGCCAAAAACGAGCCAAAGAACGCGACACACGAACAAAUAAUAAUUAUACACUUAUUACUACGUAAUGACUAACUAAAAACGCAGCGGAGACGCGUGAACGACGAUGUCGAUUAUCGUCGAUUCGAGUGCUGGUCGAAGUGUGCCUCGCGGCACGGGAAGAAGCCUUUUGUCUGCCGAACAAAACCGAUUGAUACACAACUCGAGACACAAUUCGCACAUUGACUACAAACUACAACGUCACAUGGCCUUAGAAAAGAAGGACACCAAGUUAUAGCAAAUGAAACACACAUGCAGACACACCACACACCCACAGAGCAGAAUCUCACCACCCACCGUAGCCCACGUUAAUGCGAACGAGUCGAAAGGUUUAAAUGUCGAUAUACAAAUAAUCUAAUGCAGAGAAACAAGAUAACCCGAAAACAGCAUCAUCGAACAUCGUUGCUUUCGCCGAGGAAGCAAACCGACGACAAUUCAACAGCAGCAGCAGCAGCGGCAGCGGCGAAACAGCAAAGCGGCACAAUUGUAGUUCAUUCAGUAUAACAAUAAGUGUGUUGGUCCCGAUUUCAAAGCGGACGGCACGUCACAAAUCUAAAAUAAAAAUGAAAAAAAGUGUUAUAAUAGAAUGUUGUUCUCUCAAGAUUUUUACGUUCACUUAUGCGUACGUUUCGUUCGUUCAUUUCGUAAAAGAAGUAUAUUUAUGAGAAAAAUUAUGAGAACGUAUAAAAAUGCCUGUUAGAGUUAAUAAUAAUAGCUUAAGAUGUUGUUAUUAAAUGUGGAGGCGCCUGGCCACUGGUUACUGAUCGAUCAUAAUCGACACGCUCGGACUCUUUUAGAAAAAGAAACUAAUAAAUAAAUAAAGAUAAUGAAACAAAACAAGUAUUUAAAAAACACGUACCGAUAAGAGAAAUACAAAAAACCUAAAGAUAUCUUCAAGUGCACAUAGAAAAUUUGUCUAGGACUGCAAAUGCGAGUGACGAGUCAGUUGAAUACCGCGCGUUCGCGAACUAAACGAUCGAAUAAACAAUGGAAUUAAAUAAGAUAUUAAAACAGACACACACAAACAAUUUGAACGCACCGAAACGUUGUUGCAACGGUUACUUGUAAAAUUACUUCGUAACGAAUUAGUUUUAGCGUUCAUCGCUUUCAUUUUUCGGUAUGAAUUGACUCGCAUUUUAUCCAAUUGAUUACAAAAACAAAUGUGGCUGUUGCAAAAUGAGUAUUAAACAAAUAAUAAUGAUGACGAUGCAGAGAAAAACGAAGACUAUUGAGAUGAUACUUAUAAUUGUUGAUGUUGAUGAUAUGAUAAUUUUAUUAACGAUCAUUAUUUUUAAGCUAAGAACACAAUUCCAAUGUUGUUUUCCAUUCGUCAAAUAUGU